CCUCACCUCAUAUAUAUGACAUCAAUGGCAUUGGUAAUAACCUCAACCAAAGGUAUAGUUUUACUCACCAAAGACCAAACAUACUUUCAAGCAAACAGAAGAAUAAAACCCAAGUAAGGGCAAAAUGGCUUGUUGUUGGUCUGCUGAGAAUGCCACUAAAGCUUAUCUCCGAGCCUUGAAAAUGAGAAGAAGAGGCAAAGGCAAAGAACCAGACGUAGCUGAGUUCAUAUCCGCCAUUGCGGCCGGAAACAACGCACAGCUCAUGGUGAUAACAUGCGCUAACGUCGCCGGAUCCACCGCGCUAGCCUUGGUCGCGGCGGCUCAUCAAACGGGCGGCCGAGUGGUGUGCAUCUUAACUAGUCUCCACCAUUAUGAUGCAUCCGUAAGUGCAGUUGGAAACUAUGGAGAUUGUAUAGAUUUCGUCAUUGGCGAUGCCGAGAAGCUUCUAAAUGAGUACAGAAAUGCAGAUUUUGUGCUUAUUGACUGUAAUAUCAGCGAUCACAAGACGGUAUUGAAAACAGCACAAGAGGGUGCAAAGCGUGGAGGAGGAGGUACCCUCAUUGUAGGGUACAAUGCCCCUCAUAAUAAGGAACUUGUAGGUUGCAGCGGUGCUGAUGGAUUUAAGACCUACUAUCUUCCCAUUGGAGAAGGCCUGCUGGUGAUUAGAAAAGGGAAGCCCAACGAGGCAAGAAAAAGUAGCCGUUGGGUUGUUAAAAUAGAUAAAUGGACCGGUGAGGAGCAUGUUUUUAGGAUCACCUCACCACAAAUCAAAACUUAAGACCGAGGUUUUGCUUUUAAGAACCCGAACUCGAGUUUAGUUCAAUUAGUUUGUACAUAUUUGUUCUCUCUUCGUUUGUUUUACUGUUCAUGUUAAUCAUGUUUAAACGAUAUGAUUUUAACAAUAAUUAUUUAUAAAAGCAAACUCAAUCCGUUGUAUUUUAA